GUGGCUAGCGAUGGCCGGCGCCCUGCUGGCCCUGCUGGCCCUCCUCUGGGGCUCGCAGGUUUUAAAAGCAUUUGAUUACUCCUCUCCUUGGAAGGGACAGCAACAGAUGUACAAGCUGGACAUAGGCUGGCCUAAAAUUCCAGACUACUUCACUGGUCAAACAUUUUGUGUUGCUGUUGACUCUCUUCAUGGUUUGGUCUAUGUGGGACAAAGGGGAGAGAAUGUACCAAAGGUACUUGUAUUCUCAGAGGAAGGCUAUUUUCUUUACUCCUGGAAUAAUACAGUUGAAAUGCCUCAUGGUAUCUUUGUAUGGAACACCGCAACAGAUAGUUCAGUAUGGAUCACAGAUGUUGGAACAGGGAAAUAUGGGCACACCGUGAAACAGUAUAGCCCUUCGGGUAAACUUAUGCAGAUCUUGGGCACGCCAGGUAAUGCUGGUUCAAGUUUGAUUCCCCUACAAUUUGAUCAACCAGCAGAGAUCUUCGUAGAGGAAAGUGGAGAUAUCUAUGUUGUGGAUGGAGACGGAGGAAUGAAUAACAGAUUGCUCAAACUAUCCGACGAUUACAAAGAGAUAUGGCUGACUGGAACAAAUGGGACUGGCAUCGGUCAGUUCAAGAUUCCUCACAGUGUAACAGUGGAUCCUUUUGGACGGGUAUGGGUUGCAGACAGAGACAACAGAAGAAUCCAAGUUUUUGAUAAAAUGACAGGAGAAUGGCUCGGGUCUUGGAGCAGCUGUUUUUCAGAAGAUGGACCCUAUUCUGUCAGAUUUACUGCCGAUUACAAAUACCUGAUUGUAGCUCAGCUGAAUAUCAACCGGUUAGCAAUCUUGGCGGCACCACUGGUUGGCUCUAUUGGGGACUGUGUUAUGGUUAACACAGUCCAACUGGCAGAUGAAACCAAACCACACCUUGUGGAUGUAGACAUGAAGAGUGGAGCAGUCUAUGUUGCAGAGAUUGGAGCCCAGCAAGUACAAAAAUACGUACCCUUAAGCUGA